GGGAAAGAGAGAGAUAAAGAAACUAAAAUAUAAUAUAGAUCUUACUAGGACACGGUUGUCAUCUUCUUUUUUUGUGUCUUUUGUGCGCUCUCCUUCUUUUUUUCAUCGAUUGAUCUUCUUUAUAUUAAACCCUAAUCUAUUUCUCCUUUUCCCAUUCUAUUUAUCAUUCUUUCUUUCUCUCUCGGGAUCUAAUAUCUACUUCCGGUAAACCUAUUCCCGAGGAGCACUGUCAAAUCUUGUCCCCUCUUCUUUCAGGGACCCUUCUCUCUCCCUAGUCUUGUGUUGAAGUGUUCAAACCUCUGAUGAGAAGCAUACAGUAGCCAAAACACACAAAAUUUGUUUCAGCUGAAUCAUCUUCUAUCUAGAGUUUCUUCAGGUUAUUAAUUAAUUACGAAGACGAAAGUAUGAAUUCAUUUUCACACGUUCCUCCGGGUUUUAGAUUUCACCCAACAGACGAAGAACUUGUAGACUACUACCUGAGGAAAAAAGUUGCAUCUAAGAGAAUAGAAGUCGAUUUCAUAAAGGACAUUGAUCUUUACAAGAUUGAGCCAUGGGAUCUUCAAGAGUUGUGCAAAAUUGGACAUGAAGAGCAAAGUGAUUGGUACUUCUUUAGCCAUAAAGACAAAAAGUAUCCCACAGGGACUCGAACCAAUAGAGCAACGAAAGCAGGGUUUUGGAAAGCCACUGGAAGAGAUAAGGCUAUAUACUUGAGGCAUAAUAGUCUUAUUGGUAUGAGGAAAACACUUGUAUUUUACAAGGGAAGAGCCCCAAAUGGACAAAAAUCUGAUUGGAUCAUGCAUGAAUACCGCUUAGAAACCGAUGAAAAUGGAACUCCUCAUGAAGAAGGAUGGGUUGUGUGUAGGGUUUUCAAGAAGAGAUUGGCUGCAGUUAGACGAAUGGGAGAUUACGACUCCUCACCUUCACAUUGGUAUGAUGAUCAGCUCUCUUUUAUGUCCUCUGAGCUCGAGACAAACGGUCCACGGCGGAUUCUCCCCAAUCAUCAUCCUCAGCACCAACAACAUUAUCCAUAUGGCUUCAAUGCAUCUGCUUACGCUCUCAACAACCCUAACUUGCUAUGCAAGCAAGAGCUACAAUACAACCACCUGCAGUCUAAUCUCGCGCAUGGGGAACAAUUGAAUCAAGGGAAUCAGAUUUUCAGCUCUCCAUACAUGAAUAGCGGGAACGAGCAAGCGGUGGACCAGGUCACGGACUGGAGAGUUCUUGAUAAAUUUGUAGCUUCUCAGCUAAGCAACGAAGAGGCCACAUUAGCUUCUGCUUCUCAACAGAACAAUGCCAAUAAUGCCACAAGUAACGUGGAGUACCAAGUUGAUGAAGAAAAAGAUGAAGAAAGGGUUUCUGACAUGGGAGAAGAAUAUGCUGCUUCUACUUCUUCGAGUUGUCAGAUUGACCUAUGGAAGUGAGCAGAAAAUAUAUAUCAUAUAAAUGCAUAUAUCCAUAUAUAUACGUACACAUGAACACUAAUCAAGUGUAGAUGAUGAUGAUGGUACAGAAUCAUAUUUGCUUUGAUUGAUUCUUAAUUACUACAUU